GUUCGAAAUUGAAAAUUCCUACUUUCCCUUCUAUGAUUUUCUGGUUUUCUAUUCGGCCCCUAUUCUGUUUAAAAUUUGGAGAGGGAAUGGCGAAAAGCGAUCGUCGAGCUCUAGAGAUUCCCGCAUACAUGUCGAUACCUUACGUUCCUCCUUUCAUCUCCUCGAUCUCUAGCCCACACCGCCAACAUUGAUUCUCGGCAUCGAGCUCCAUGGAGGUGGCGGGCCAUAAAAUCCACGACCAAAGUCCCUUCAUAUUGUUAGGGAUUCCAACAAAGUUCCCCAAAUGUCAAACCAUCGGAGAGGAAAGCAGAGUGCGCAGAAGCUGCCUCGAUUUCAUACUUGUCAUCGCACUUCCACUAGGGAUGGUUCGUCGAUCAGGCCAUCUUCUGUGAGGAAGAGCGGCUCGUGGUCAACCGAUUCAGCCAUGAUUGGGAUGAGAUCUCCAGGUAAGUACCCGCAUCUUCCCUCUGUGUACUUCUUCCCGCCGACGAACUGCGGAAAACCUUAACCCUUGAUUUUACACUCCCGAGAAUUUGAUUGGGAGCCAAUUGCUGCAUGGUUUACAUCACGGGGAACUUGAUUUGACUACGGCUACGGGUGCUGAUGGAUUACUCAUUUCACUAAUUGAUUAGGUUUCUCUAUUUGUUUAGCUUUUUGGGCAAUUAGCAGUGAUAUUGGCAUGUAAUAAGUUAGUGGUGAUGUUUCUUUCACUUUGUUAUUGUUUCAGGAGGCUUGCCUUUUGUCUUUGAGGUAAGGGAACUUGAAAAUACUCCGUUUUAUGGAACAUGGGGAAUAUAGCAAAUCACUAGAGCCUGGUGAUGAGUUUUAACUUAGUGGGGCACCUCUUGAAACUUUGCAUCAAAUUUUCGUUAAUGAUUUCUUGCUUUGUCUACUGCUGUAUGUUCUGUUUUCUCUUAGGGGCAGCAGAGCUGUAUUUUUCAGUAAUGGGCGUAAUAUGGGCAAGGCAAGCUUUUGAACACUGCAUUAACUCGGCGUAUCAAGUUUCUAAAAUGAUUAUGUUUGGCUCCCCAAAAACCAAUCUGAGUGCGAAUGCAGCUCAUCUGGAUUAUGGGUUCUGGUUUUUUCGUUGUCGUUAUAGAUACGCGUGUUCAUGUUUUAGGUAAGACUUGUUUUGUCUGUUCCUACUAUCUAGGUUCCUGAAGUGAACCCUCUGGUUUGCCUGUUGAAUUUGCAGCUCCAAAAGUUUGCAACGCGAUUCUUGUAAUCUUCUGAUGCCCAACAUAAAUAUGCUCUGUAAAGGUGAGACUAACCUUCCUUCAGGUUAUUAUAUUAAGUGCAUAAAUAACAGUUGGAUGUACUACCGUGGACCAAACCAAUGUAGCUUUUGUGCUGAAAUUUCAUUGAUCGAUCUCUAGUCUUGAUUCUGUUCUUCCUUCCUUUGGGCUCGAUUUAUAUAGGAUUUGAUUGAGGAGUUAAUUUGACUAUGUUGAUUAUCAAUAAGAGAUUCCAUUUGUUUCUUUUGCAAAAUUUGACUUUUGUUUUCCUCUCACUUGGUAUUAGAAGCCGGAUUACUGGUGGUAGAGUUGGUUCUGAACUUUUGUCUACUACCAAAUCAAGUAAUCAAGAAAUCCUUCUACGAAACCCACAAUAAAGGAAUUGUUGAUUGCUCCAACAGUAUCUUGUUUACAUACUUCAUAUACAAGAUAGAGCUUGAUGCACUCUUAUAAUUAGUGGUUUAAUUCUCUUCACUAAUGCUUUUCCCCUUUUUCAUCAAACAAACUGGUUUCCUUGGCAUUUGUGGGGCAAGGGUGGAUGCAAUCAACCACUACACAUCAGAGAUUGAGAGAAUAUCGGAGAGGUAAGACAACUGUCAUAUUGUUCUUUAGGCCACAUAUCUAGAAUCACUUCAUGAACGAUCCAUAACCCUCCUGGUUUCAACCAGAAUGGUCCUAACUUUCUCUAACCUUUUCUUUAGAUCUCAACAGAAAUACAGUAGGUCAUGAGCAACCGGGAUGCUGUAAUGCCAGCUGCAUUCGUUUCCUUUAAAACAAGAUGGGCUGCUGCCACUUGUGCACAAACACAACAAUCCAGGAAUCCAGCACAAUGGCUGAUUGACAUUGAAUGGACUCCAGAACCCCGGGAUGUGUACUGGGACAACUUGGCCAUAUCAUAUGUUUCACUCGCAAUCAGGAGGCUCGUCAUUGGUGUCGCAUUCUUCUUCCUCACCACUUAUACUUGCUGGCUUCUUUUGUGCAGGAAAGUCAAAGUCUGUUAUCCAAGGUUUCCAGUUCGUUUCCAGUUCAUCAAUGUGUUCCUUGGCAGCAUAAUCGCAAUUCACAGGAACUGCAUUUCAGCAACUGGACAAUUUCAUACACCAUUCUGCAACUGAACGGUUGGUGUCUCGAUUCCUAUGAAGGCGACUUUCUUCAUAACUUACAUAAUGGUUAUUGGUGGGCUGGAGUUGCUGAUUGUAGUGCUAUUGAGAUUUACUAUAAUGUUCUUACUUACACGGCUACAACAGAGGAUGCAGUGGCUCUUGCGCUGAAAGCAGGGGUAAAUAUGGAUUGUGGAAAUGCACCUGCCAUUGCAGAAUUGUCAGCCAUUCCCGAAUUGGUUUCUGAAAGCAUAUCAGUGUGACAGCAGCAGUGACAUAUUUCUAGUCCAACCAGGGUGUAAGUGUUCAUCAGGCUCUCUCAUGCACUCGGCUGAGUUAUAGAUCAUUAAGGUGUAACUCUAGAUGUUUUCUUGUGUUUAGAAUAUGUUUAGAUUAUUCCGAACGUCAUAUGAAUGAUAUAUGGAGUGAUAUUGUUUUAAGAUUGUCGAUCAUUGAACUGGUUAUGGAGAGAUAUAAUAAGAAAAACCACAGUUUAUU